CCAUGUCAGCCAAGCGAGCAAAAGAUGAUCUUAAUGGGAAGAUAACUUUCCACAACACUGAAUGCAAGAUAGCAUUUGCAAAGAGGAAGAAAGAGGUCUGUGAGAAAAAGCCUCUUCACUUCAGUAAAUGUCAGGAAGUAGCCAAUCAUUUCCUGGGCUUCAAUGGCUGGUCAGUGUCACACAAAUAUACAGACAGUGAAACCAAUCCAACAGAAGACCACACAUACAAAGUAAGAGAGGUGGCUGUUGUCAGACUUAAUCUUAAGACUGAUGGACUCCAUGCCGAGGGACUGGGGGCAUGGGAGGAGCUUUAUAGUAUCAGAGAUCCUGUAAGCAGAGGAAAAGCAAUUUGCAAGUGCAAGAAAUUGGCAUACCAGCGAGCUGUAGAGAAUGCCUUUUCCAAAGUCAUCAUUCUAGUGUUAUCUAAUGGAAAGAUUGCAGUAGAAGUGGACACUACACAGCCAGAGUUAUUGUUGACAGAAAAGGCACUGGAUGAUGAAAAUGUUUUAAAGAUUAAUGAAGUUGAUGCUGACACUGUAAUGUUUGAAGAUGAUGAUAUCACCCUCAGUGAAGUCCCAGAGGAGGAUAUUGAUGCUGCAAAUCUCCAUAUACUGCACGAGCUAGAGGAAGUUUGAUUUUACCAAUAUCUAAACAUACUGAGUUAGAGGAAGU